UCUUUGCAGUAAAGAUGAAAUGAUCUGAGUGGAAUAAUAAGAGGUUCACCUAACCAGUGCUUUGUGUUAUAGUUAUUCCAGAUAGUUGAAAUAAUAGUUGUCUUCUCUAGUUGAGGGAUUUGUGGAAGACGCCUCCCGUGGAGCGCCGCGGGCAGAUGCUGUCACCGCUUCCUUCCCCCCUCUGCGCGUCUCGCUGCGCGCAUUGGACGCGGCUGGCAGCGCAUACGCUCUCUACUCUGCACACUGGACUCUUGGCUUUCCACACAAACACGGAAAGAUGAAGCUCUGAAGUCGGACUUCUGCCAAAUCCAAGAAACACCCCGAACCAGAGUCCAGUUAGGACUGAUAAUAGCGGUUCCGGCGCGCGCCGCAGACGUUGUUGGAGUUGCGCACAGGACUUUAAUGAAACGACGAAGGCGCGGAUGUUUGCUGGUUUCUGGCACAAAAAUAACUUUUUAAAUUCCACCGAGUCUUUCAGGACGCAUGAUGAUAAUAACACAGCCUCCUUUCGGACUUUACGCACUCCGCCGCAAACAACUUAUGGGAGCAUCCAAACAAACAGAACAUCCAUAAAUGAGAAACUGAGCAUCUUUUCUCAUUUUUGGAUGAAAUUGAAGAUGAAAAGAAAGUAAUUCUGAACUGAGCAUCAUUGCUUUCGACCUCCCAAGAAUCCCCCUAUGGAAAAGCGUUAAAAAUGCUGAAAGGAUUGAAGCAAACAAGCAAGUUUUCAUUCAUUUAAUGUGAAACAUUUCUGUAUAGAAUUAAAUAUUGUUCAUUUUUGCUCUGUCCAGUUCAGCUUGAUUGGAAACAAAUACCUCGGACGAAGCAUGGCAGGUAUCCCAGAAAAUAUGCGUUCGAUUUUUAUAUGGAUGCUGGAUGACUUCCUCUGUUAAUACUAAGAAAUCUGGAGAUGCAUUCAUUUUUAGAGGGGAAUUCCUGCUUUAUGAUACGGAGAAACAUGUUGCACAUCCUGCUGCUGCAGUCGGUGGUGUUACUUUGGGGAGCGGCAGACUGUCGGGUCCUGGAGGGUUUACAGAGAUACUCCUCUUCCCCAACAUACCUGCCUGUCAACUAUCAGCUGCUAAAUGCUGAUUUGGGGUUUUUCCUUAAGGAAGCCAACCAGGACUUCAUGAGAAACUCUAGCCUGACUUCAAGGACUGAGGCUUUCUUCAUCUACCAGGCCAGAAACUUGCCCUCUGUGAAUGCCAGCUAUGGACCUUUAUCGGUGGUGCAGCCUGUUCCUUUAGAGCUUCUGCAGAGUCCUCGGACCUUCCCCGCCUCUUCAGUCUUCACUUUCAACUGGAAGGUGCAAACCUUUAUCAUGAACACACAGAUUGACUUAGCCAAGCCUAAAGUACAGGUUCUGUUUUACAUAGCAGGCAGGGACUGGGAUGACUACAGCACCACUGAUAAGCUGCCCUGUGUACACAUGUUUGCUUUUCAUGAGACUCAGGAGGUUCGUGGCACCUGUCAGCUCAAAGGGGAGUUGGGACUGUGUGUGGCUGAGUUGGAGCCACUGGCCAGUUGGUUUAGCUCCCCCAGCGUAGUGCCAGGACGGCAGAGGAAUGCUGAGGUGUCUGAGGGCACCCCGGUGGAGCUCUACUAUUUACUGCGAACCACGGAAGCAGGAGAAUGCCGCUCAGAGGAGUCUAGAAAGGAGAGCUUCAUCCGCUCCAAUCAAGAAGAGCUGUUUGGUAUCUAUACCUCCACGCCACUGAAGAGGAUUGGUGGAGUGAGACUCUUCAAGAACCCCACAGAGCCCCCUUUAAGUGAGCAAUGGCUGGAUAACAACUUUCUGGUCAUGGUUCCAGCCACACCUAGGAGACAGAGGGAGACUGUGUCCACCUUCAUCAGUGUAUCUCCCUACUCCACCGUGGAGAUGUUCACUCUUAGGGUCAAAUUAAAAGAAGGAGUGACGUUCCUGGGAGCACGUCCCUGCAACCCCACUCAGUGGAUUGUCAGCCAGGACUUGAGGAGCGAAGGCCAUCGAGUGGUAACCCUCCACUGUCGCAGAAAGGAGUCAACCUACGAUCAGCAAAGAUCUGAGAUGGGAGCUCAGAGGGUGCUCCAGGUUGAUCUGAAAAUGGAGAGCUUCCCAGAGCCGACAGGCAGCCGUUGGAUGGCCUGGCAAGUGGAGUACCCGGCCAUUCGUGCCACCACACAAGAGGUCGAGACAGAGAUCCUCCUGGCACAGGAGGAACUGGCAGGCAUUGUGCCUCUGGCCAUGGACACUGAGAUUCUGAACACGGCUGUCCUGACUGGAAAGACGGUCGCUGUCCCAGUAAAGGUAGUGACCAUUGCAACAGACGCCUCUGUCACUGAUGUCUCUGAAGCAGUGAAAUGUCGCUCGACAGACGAGGACGUGGUCAAGGUCAGUAAGGUGCCA